CAAGGAACAAACAUGGCGUCAAUGGCAGUGACUAAAGUCUAUCAUAUCUCUACCUUCAUAUGGUAUUUUGCUAUAGUUUACUUGCUUCUUAUUAUUCCAAUAGAACAUCCGCCCGCUGGAGUGUUUUUGUAUGCUGGACAGUGGAAAUACCUCACAUUCCUUAAUUUAUUUCUGCAGACAAUUUUCAAUGGGAUAUGUAUCCUGGCAGAUUUUCUGGGCCAUGUGAUGUGGAUUCGAGCCCUGCGUGACAUUAUCUUCUCAGCCUUGGCUUUCCCUGUUGGCACCUUUGUAGUGACAUCCUUUUGGCUGCUAUUCAGUUAUGAUAGAGCAUUGGUGUACCCUGAAGGCUUGGAUAAAUUAAUUCCCUUAUGGCUGAACCAUGCUAUGCACAGCAUUGUCCUGCCAGUGAUUCUGCUGGAGUUAAUUCUCACACCUCACCGUUAUCCAAAAAGAAGGACUGGCUUUCUCAUUCUAGGCUUCAUCUCCCUUUUCUAUCUAUUAUGGAUUCUGUGGAUUUACUCCGCGACUGGAAAAUGGGUUUAUCCCUUUUUAGGCCUAUUCAGUCCCCUUCAUCUGAUGUCGUUUAUCUCGGCGAGUGUUGUGUUGGUGAACUUGCUGUACCUUUUGGGAGAGAAGCUCACCUUGUUAAUCUGGGGCACAGUGGAGAAAGCAAAGCAAAGAAAGAGAAAGUGAGGUGGAAACGUGUCAACGGACUGAAAAUGUGGGCACUAAAGAACUUAUCCACCUCAGAAUACUCAAGAAAACACUGUGUCAACAGCAGUCAACAACAACAACAACAAAUUGCAGUUGCCUUUCACAUUGGGAGGCACAUUACCACAAGUCCUUAUUAAUCUGGAUGUUGCACUGGUGUCUGUGUUUAUUCACUUUAAUUUUUCACUAAAAUAAUUCUCAGAUUCUUUAGGGUCAGAAAUCUAGAUCUGCCUGUAAGGAAGGCUUUAUUGUUGGAUUUACCUUAGGUUGCUUAUCUCGUGUGCCAACGUUUGUAUCUGACUUUUUAAUAACAUUAAAAAAAUAAAAAUGGUUCUUGGCCUGAGAACCUAUAA